GUUCUGCACAAUGACAGAACACGCGUCCGGGAGGGGUUGGAGGCUGGGCAUGCCGUGGGGGGAGGAGGCCGAAGGCUGACAUCUGUCGCACUAGUCCUUGGAGACCCCCGGCGUAUCGUGUUGUCAAGGGGGCUGCCACUGAGCACUGCGCCUCAGCCAUAUGGGAUACCGGGCUCCCCGGUGCCUUUAAAAACUCCGGACAGAGGAAUCAAUCAGUUGAGCGCACUUAGCGGAGGGAGACGGAUGUAUUUACGCUUGAUUCUUCCUAAACUCGUGAAAGUUAAAAAGCACGUGUUGCUAGUGAGCGAAGUUGCAGCCAGUGUUACAUGCCGAUAGCCGCGAUGCCGAAGGGGUUCCUGGUAAAGAGAACUAAGAAAACAGGUUCGGUCUGCUAUAGGAUGCGUGAGGAAGACCGCCUGGACCAAGCAUCCGGCUCGCUCGCCUCUCCGUUACAUUACUGCGAUGGAAAAACGGAGAGAUCUGCAGUCCAAUCCUUGGAUUGCAAUAGACAGAGCACGAAACUCAGAAGUCCGCUUUGCUUCAGGGACAUUACAUAUUUCGUCCGACCUCCGCUGUCAAGUCCAGAAUCUCCCCAACAGUCCCGAUCUGGAAACCGCUUUGGCCGGACACUCAGCUCAAAUCGCCCCUUCCGGGCGGAAUCCUUCCCUGAGCAGCAAGCGAUCAGCUUCAAAACUUGCGAAGCCCCGGCAGUAUUUUCAGCAUCUCUGGCAGAAAUGACCAGCAAACUGGGCACUCUGGGCAGCAAACCAGUCACUCCACAAUUCAAGCGACUGGCUUCUCCCAGCGCCAGACUCAAACUGGUGAAUCCGAAAAGACAGACGCUCUCACCCUCGGACGAAACCAGCACAUCGCCGGUGUUCGGGUUGCGCAUCCUGGAGGAUCCGGAGGUGGAAGUCAAGCAGCGAUCCAACACCAGCAUCUCGCUGGGGGAGUACAUCUGUCAACUCUGCAAAGAGAGGUACUCAGAUCCCCUAACUCUGGCGCAACAUCAGUGCUCCCGUAUAGUUCGGGUAGAGUACCGCUGCCCGGACUGUGAGAAAGUCUUCAGCUGCCCGGCCAACCUGGCAUCGCACAGGCGUUGGCACAAGCCGAAAAUCGCCCGGGGCGACGCGGAUAAAACCAACCUGCGUGCAGUCGCCGUCCAAAACGCAGAUAUCCAGCAUCCGCCGCCGUCCUCCCCAAAACCUCCAGACUCGCACCCGGGGGAAAACACGUCUUUUAACUGCACCCUUUGUUGCAAGAAAUUCCGACGAAGGUCCUACCUGAGGAAGCACCUUGCGGUGCACAGCAGAAGGACCGUUUUACAGCACAGCCGGUUUUCCGCAGAGGAAAAUAACGCAAGGAUCAGCCAAAGUGCCCCCAAGCACAGCUUCAAUGUAACUCCUGCUCCUCUUAAUCCGAGACGGGAAUCGCCAGCGGCUAUAAUAACUGACAGCAGUGAUACCUACCCGUGUAGAUUUUGCGGGGAAACAUUUUUUUCCUCUCCUGGACUGACUAGACAUAUCAAUAAAUGUCACCCAGCAGAAACCAGGGAGGUAAUAUUUUUGCCACAGCGCGUUUGAUUCACGUCUAAUAAUACAAUUUUUAUCGUCCAUAUAACUGUACUGGUAUGGAAAUGUACUUUUUUAUCCCUCGUAGAUUUCGUAGAAACGUGUCGGUCUGUUUUCAUACAUCACCUUUAGUGUAUUUGUGUUUUAUAUAUGUAUUUAUUUAUGCAUCUAUUUAUUACUUAUCAUAUAAUUGGAAAUGUUGCCGGAGUUAUUAUUAAACUAUUAACAUAUAGCUUUUAACUUUGCUCGUUAUAAACAUAUUAAUUGUUUUAUACUGUUAUGGUGAAAUGCCGCCUUGUUUACAGCAGUAACGUUAUAUCACUGAUCUAUGUGAAUUUCGU